ACAGCGAGGCCCCGAGGAACCCGGAGAUGUCGCGCGUGCUCCGCAUCCUGCUCGGAUAUCUGUUCCCAGCCCUCCUGUUGCACGGGCUGGGAGAGGGUUCUGCCUUCCUUCAUCCAGACAGCAGAUCACAUCCUCGGUCCUUAGAGAAGAGUGCCUGGAGGGCUUUCAAGGAGUCACAGUGCCACCAUAUGCUCAAGCAUCUCCACAAUGGUGCACGGAUCACUGUGCAGAUGCCACCAACCAUUGAGGGCCACUGGGUGUCCACAGGCUGUGAAGUGAGGUCGGGGCCAGAGUUCAUCACGAGGUCUUACAGAUUCUACAACAAUAACACCUUCAAAGCCUACCAGUUUUACUAUGGCAGCAACCGCUGUACAAACCCCACCUAUACGCUUAUCAUCCGAGGCAAGAUCCGCCUGCGCCAGGCAUCCUGGAUCAUCCGCGGUGGCACCGAGGCCGACUAUCAGCUUCACGGCGUCCAAGUCAUCUGCCAUACGGAGGCAGUUGCUGAACAACUCAGUCAACUGGUGAACCGAACUUGCCCAGGCUUCCUGGCUCCUGGUAGUCUCUGGGUACAGGACAUAGCCUAUGACCUGUGGCAAGAGGACAGUAGCCACGAGUGCACCAAGGCUGUUAACUUUGCCAUGCACGAACUGCAGCUCAUCCGUGUGGAGAAACAGUAUCCCCACCACAACCUGGACCAUUUGGUGGAGGAGCUCUUCCUGGGUGACAUCCACACCGAUGCUACCCAGAGGGUGUUCUACCGGCCAUCCAGUUACCAGCCUCCCCUGCAGAAUGCCAAGAACCACAACCAUGCCUGCAUAGCCUGCCGGAUCAUUUACCGCUCUGACGAACACCACCCCCCCAUCCUACCCCCCAAGGCUGACCUGACCAUCGGUCUACACGGGGAAUGGGUGAGCCAGCGUUGUGAGGUGCGGCCCGAAGUCCUCUUCCUCACCCGCCACUUCAUCUUCCACGACAACAAUAAUACCUGGGAGGGCCAUUACUACCACUACUCGGACCCUGUCUGCAAACACCCCACCUUCACGAUCUACGCUCGAGGCCGUUACAGCCGCGGUGUGCUCUCCUCCAGGGUCAUGGGAGGCACAGAGUUUGUGUUCAAAGUGAAUCAUAUGAAGGUCACGCCCAUGGAUGCAGCCACAGCUUCCCUCCUCAAUGUCUUCAGCGGGAAUGAGUGUGGGGCUGAGGGCUCCUGGCAAGUGGGUAUCCAGCAGGACGUGACACACACCAAUGGCUGUGUGGCUUUGGGCAUCAAACUACCUCACACAGAAUAUGAGAUCUUCAAAAUGGAGCAAGAUGCCCGGGGCCGCUAUCUGCUGUUCAAUGGCCAGAGGCCCAGCGAUGGCUCCAGUCCAGACAGGCCUGAGAAGAGGGCAACAUCGUACCAGAUGCCCUUGGUCCAGUGUGCCUCUUCUUCCCCUAGAGCUGAAGACUUGGACGACAGUCGGGCCCAUCUGUUUGGCAGGGCAGCAGGGAGGACAGCUGGGCCCCUGGUGCUUACAUCCUUUGCCUGCCUUUGGACUCUACCACAUUGGAGCAUCCUCCGAUAGGAGACAUUUUCUAAAGCAAGACUCUACCAUUUAUGACUUUUCUUCACGCAGAGAAUGAACAUUGAUUCUUUUGAUGCACUUGAAGGCCUGAGAUCUGCCAUUGUCUUUCCCCUGUCCCCUCUUCCAGCCUCUGAGUCCUGAGCAGUGUGUUUGAAGUUUCGGCUUUGAAUUUCUUCCAGCCUGAUCCCUGGCCUGAGAACUUCAUAGCAGUGAUUGCACUUUAAGUCUGCAGAGAGUCGGAGCUAAUGUGUGUUGGAGUGGCAGCAAGGAUGGUAGCUAGCUUCUUAACUCUGAACCUCCUGCUUCCCUAUGUAUCUCUGAGCUGAGCUUUAAACAUAGACAUGUCAAGCUGCAGCUUUCUCUGCCAUUGCUUCUCUUAUUUCUUCAAACCCCUUCCACUCUCCAAGUUUUCUACACUGGAAUCCAGUGAAGAGUUGGCUUGGGACGGCCAUCAAGACCCUGUGUAUUAAUACAGAAAAGAUAUGGGUAUCGAUGUGUACAUAGGAGGUUCAAGGUUCAGCUAAAUCAUUGGUCCAGCCUUAAUGCCAGUCACCACUUUCAGAAUGUCGAGUAGAGAGGUGUUUAUAAAUCUUCAAAGUCAUUUAAACCAGGUUUACUAGCACUAGUUUUCAAUUGUUGAGCAAAGAUGGGUGCCAUAUACUUGCUCUGGUGACUCAGAUUGUAGCCUGCUGCUUGCUUAACCCUUGGAGUAGACUGGUCCAGUUGGGGAAUUCAGAAGGGCCCCAUUUCCCAGACAGUCAGAAGCAGCGGUGCUAAGGGCAGCUCGGGUGUGUUAAGUGCCACGGGAGUGAUAAGAUCUGUGGCGGUUUUCUCCAGGUGAGGCAUCCGUCUCCUGGCUCACACUGUGGUUGGGGUGGGGAGAAGAACCCCACCUCCGCCACGCCAUCCUCUCACACAGACACAGAGCUUUUCAGUGCUCCCGUGGCUCACUGGUGAAAGAGGCCUGGGUGGGACUCAUCCUCACUGGGGACCUGCUGGAGGCCGUUUCUGUGCAACGUGGAGUCUUUAUGAGAAGGCUUGAUUCGGCUUCCUCUCUGCAUUUACUUGGUUCUGCCCCAGCUGUGAGCUCCAGAGCCAUCUUAUUCAGGGUUAGCUGCUUCGUGGUCCUUAGGAAGGAGGAGGGGAUGGCCGCCCAUUCCUUUGUGUUAUCGCAACUGAUGCUGUAGACACCAAGUGCUAUUGCUCACGGCGAGCCAUGCAGGCAGGCGCCGAGACACAGAAAGAAGCAGACAUGGAGGCCACGAUCCAGGAGCAGUCGGUCACGUAUUUAAGGAUUCACUUUAUGGAGCAGUAGCGUCCGUGUGGUGUUAAGUUAUAACGAUGGCAUGGAGCACCAGAGUGCUUUAUAUUUAGAUUAUAUUUUAAGUCG